UUAGCUGUAGAUCUCUCCGAGGUUCGGAAUAGAUUUCAUUGCAUUGCAUUGCUGUGGAACAAGUGGAACAAUUAGUGCUGUGCAAGAGAAGCGGCCGUUGCAAUUAAAAACAAAAAUUGCUCUCAUCAUGAACGGAGUCGGAGGUACAUCACGCGCUAGGCAGGAAGAAGCGAUUGAAGCAGAAAUUCGGGCGAGAUAUCCCGCUCCCCAAUUCGAAACGACGGGUGAGCGCAGGAAGCGCUUUGCACGAAUUAACAGUGCGCUUUACCGGCAUCGCAAACGAGUACGGGAAUCUACCUUGGAGGAUGUUUCAGAGCCGAGGACGGGCUCCAUAACCACAUCUACUGCUGCUCUACAACAAGGACAGAACGCAAUCAAUGUCGACUCUGACUUGGACGUAUCGUUGGAUGGUGAGUUUGCCACCCCUCCAAACGAAACACCUGCUGCGAAAAAACGACGACUUGCACGUAAGCUGGAAGCUUUUCAUCGUCGUAAUCUACAAUUGCAAACAGUUGCACAACCGGAGACUUUGCUUCCUGAACCAUCAGCUGCGCCAUCGUUGCCGCAGCAGCCUUCUAUGCUGCAUUUUAAUCCGGAUGACUUGCGACUACGUCGGGAGACCGAAGCAGCAUGGCAGCGUCGGCUCAUUGCGCGACAUGGUAGCAGCACACUGCGUGUUGGAUUGGGUUACCAUGAGCACUACAACCACCCAGAACGCCAUCGGCUGGGUUCACAACGGAGCUGUGCAUAUUGUAGUGCGCCUAAGUGGCCUGGUGAAGCACCUACGGUAUGCUGCAACAGUGCACAAUGGGCAGUUUAGAACAAAUUUCGGGAUAAAAUUAUUUUUGCAGAAAUUGUUAGUUUUUAUCGUUUGUAGUAAAGUGUCAUGAUAGUAAAUAACAUUUUAUAUGUAGUUUGCAUCCAUACCACCA